AUGGAACUGAACCAUGUUGAUGCACUGCUAGCUCAGAACAAGAUGAUUGCCAAGCAAUUAGCUGACCUCACAAAGCAAAUGGAGAAGAACCAAGUUGCAGCAAUCACCACACAACCAUCAACCCAAGAAGGAGUAAACACAGAGGAAGGAGGUGAAUGGGAGCAAGCCAACUAUGUUGGUAACUCACCAAGGCAAAAUCAUGAUCCAUACUCCAAAACUUACAAUCCAAGAUGGAAGAACCACCCCAACUUUAGGUGGGGAAACCAACAAGAACAAAGCCAAGACCAGACACGUCAAAAUCACAAUCUUAACAACCAUGCUGUCCACCAACAUUCAUCACAAAGAUCAUAUCAACAACCACCUAACCACACUCCUCAACAUCCAUAUCAAAACCAGCAUGAUCAUCCUCACUCUUAUAACCCAAACCCACCAUCAUACUCUGAGGAUAGACUCUCUAGAAUUGAAACCUUACUUGAAGGUUUAUGCAAGGAAGUCAAAGAUAGCAAGGCAUUUCAAGAAGAAGUGAGAUCUAAUAUGCAAAAUCAAGAUGCGGCCAUCAAGAAACUCGAGGCACAAAUCGGUUACCUGUUCAAGCAAAUCCCUAGCCAAACCAACUGCCGUAACAUUAAUCCAAACCCAAGGGAGGAAUGCCAAGCCAUCACCCUCAGAAGUGGGAAGAAAUUGAAGGAGACUUCCAAGAUACCAUCAGCGAAGAAUUCAGACAAAAGGGAAAUAGAACAAAAAGAAGAUCAAGUCAUCCCUCAUAAUACACAUCGAGAAGAAGAAGUGCUGAGAUCAUAUCCUCCAAAAGCCCCAUAUCCUCAGCAAUUGAAGAAGAAGGAAGAUGAUAGCCAGUUUUCAAGAUUUUUGGAAAUCUUCAAAAGGUUACAAAUCAACAUACCCUUUGCAGAAGCAAUAGAGCAAAUGCCGCUUUAUGCUAAGUUCUUGAAAGAGUUGAUGACUAAAAAGAGAAGCUGGAGAAACAACGAGACUGUGGUGUUAAUCGAAGAAUGUAGUGCCAUCAUUCAGCACAAGUUACCCCAAAAAUUGAAGGAUCCAGGGAGCUUCCAAAUCCCUUGUAUCAUAGGGAAGAUCACAGUGGAGAAGGUCUUGUGCGAUCUAGGAGCCAGCAUAAAUCUGAUGUCUUCAGCAAUGAUGAAAAGAAUGAAGAUUGAGGAAGUCAAACCAACAAGGAUGGCCCUACAAUUGGCAGACCGAUCAUUCAAAUUUCCCCAGGGAAUAGUGGAGGAUUUGUUGGUAAAGGUGGGAGAUUUUAUUUUUCCAGUAGACUUUGUAGUGCUAGACAUGGAGGAGGAAGCUAAAGCAUCCUUCAUUUUGGGAAGGCCAUUCUUAGCUACUACCGGAGCCAUUAUUGACGUCCAGAAGGGUGAACUUACUCUUAGAUUGCAUGAUGAGAAGAUGAUAUUCAAUGUGUUCAAGGCCAUGAGUUACCCACAAGACUCAUUAGGAGAGUGUAUGAGGUUGGAUUCAGUGGAAGCUAUAUUACAAGAAACUCUGGAGGAGGAAGAAAUUGAGGAGCUAAUAGAAGAAGAUGAAUCAACAUUGAGCGAAGAGGUAGCAACAGCUGAGGUUCAUGACCAGGGAACACUAGAAGGAAAGAAUGAAGAGAAAGAAGCACCCAAACUUGAACUAAAGGAAUUGCCACCAACCCUCAAAUAUGCAUACCUAGGAGAAAAUAGAAGCUUUCCAGUAAUCAUAAACUCAGCUCUCAACCAAGAACAAGAGGAGGAAUUACUCCAAGUGUUGCAAAAGCAUAAGGAUGCUAUUGGGUGGACUCUAGCUGACUUGAAGGGGAUUAGUUUAGCCUUAUGCAUGCACAAGAUACUGCUAGAAGAUGAUUCUAAACCUUCCAUUCAACCCCAAAGGAGAUUAAAUCCAGCCAUUAAAGAGGUAGUGCAGAAGGAAGUCAUGAAGCUGUGGCAAGCAGGGGUAAUCUACCCAAUCUCUGACAGUCCAUGGAUGAGUCCCGUUCAAGUAGUUCCGAAGAAAGGAGGAAUCACAGUGGUGCCUAAUGAAAGGAAUGAGCUCAUACCUACAAGAACUGUCACGGGAUAG